UUUUUUUUUUUUCUCUUUUUUAUACAUUUAAUGUGGUCUUAUUUUCCCGUCUUAUUAUAUGUCCUAUUAUCGAUUUCCACCAUCUUAGCUAGUUAUGAACAACAAAAGCCCUUUUUAUCGCCACGAUUAGUACCAUUUACCCCAGUUUGGAUUCAACAAUUACAACAGUUUUAUAACACCUUUGGACAUACUAUCAGUGUCAUGAACCAACAGUGUGCAUAUUCUUUACCUGACUUUGACUGUAAACCUUUUGACUUGGACGAUGGUAUCACCAUUCGAGAUGCAUAUCAUUUACGACCUCAAGUAAAAAAGUUUAAGUUCUAUAUCAUUUAUACUAACGAACGUUUUUUAUACAGGAUAUUUCAAUGGUGAUAGCAUUGGGAGAUAGUAUUACAGCAGGUUUUGGCAUGUUGUCUGGUCGACCUCCAGUAGCUUCUGUAUGGGAAUAUCGUGGGAAAGUCUUUUCUAUAGGAGGUGAUCUAGAUGAAGCUUAUACUCUUCCUUCCUUUUUAUCGGUUUAUUCAUCAAAACUUACUGGUGCUUCUUAUGGUGUUUCUGUUCCAUUGGCAAGAGGAAAACAAUUGAAUAAUGCUGUCAGUGGGGCAAAGGCGCAGGAUUUGGAUCAACAAGUGACAAGAUUAGUACGACAGUUACAAAAACCUGAAUAUCAUUCUCACAAAAAUGAUUGGAAAUUGAUCACACUUUUUAUUGGUGCCAAUAAUGUCUGUAUGCUUUGUACUCCACCCAUCACAGGAUUACCUAAUAUUGCAGAUGUGGAUGUAUUUGAUCAACAUGUUCGAUUGACUUUGGAACGAUUAAGAUGGGAAGUUGGUCAUGCAUUUGUGAACUUGGUGGCGUUAUUUAAUGUAUCAAGUGUUUAUGAAGCUUCAAGAGGAAAUCCUUAUUGUGAAAUGGUAUUGGAUCCUUCUCAUAUGGUGAUUUGUUCUUGUCUUCAAGCAGAUGAUGAUCAACGUUUAGCUGCUGACCUCGUGGUGCAAGGAUAUAAUGAAAGACUGGCCUUAAUAGCUCAAGAAUAUCAAACAUUACAUGACCCUUACUUUGCUGUAUCCUAUCAACCUGGAUUCAAGUCAUUUCCUGUUGGUAAAUAUAAACAACGAUAUCUAAGUGGCUUUGAUUGUUUCCAUCCUAAUCGAUGUGCAAACCAGGUGAUGGCUACGGUAUUAUGGAAUAACAUGUUUUCUAAUCAAGUGGAAAAAUUACAACCUUAUCAUCUUAGUAACCUUACUUUUAUAUGUCCUAAUGCCCAGAGACCUUAUUUUCAAUGAACAUACCCAUGAUACCAU